AUGGAAGUCCUGCAAGAGAUUCCCCAACUACCCCCUCACGCUUCGGGCACUCCGGUGCUGUCGGUGCUGGACAUGCACACGGGCGGGGAGCCCCUGCGGAUUGUGCUCGCGGGAUGGCCUGAGAUCGAGGGCUCCACCCUGCUGGCCAAACGUCGCUAUGUGCUGGAGCACCAGGAUCCGCUGCGGCGACGCCUGAUGCUGGAGCCGCGAGGGCACCGGGACAUGUAUGGGGCGCUGCUUGUACGCAGUGAACUGCCAGAUGCUCACCUGGGCGUCUUGUUCCUGCAUAACGAGGGCUGUAGCUCUAUGUGCGGCCACGGCGUGUUGGCCCUUGGACGCUUCGUGCUGGACUAUGGACUGGUGCCGCCGCCCCCUCCCGGGGCCCUCGAGGCCGAAAUCCGCCUGCAUUGCCCUUGCGGUUUGGUCACCACCUUCGUGGAGUGCGAGGGUGGCCGCAGCCGGGGACCGGUACGCUUCCACAGCGUCCCGGCCUUUGCUCUGGCCACAGAUCUGAUGGUGGAUGUUCCUGGAAAAGGAAAGGUUGUAGUUGACAUUGGAUAUGGCGGUGCAUUUUAUGCAUUUGUUAAUGCUAAAAGACUUGGACUAGAUGUCUGUUCUUCAAAGACAAAGGAUCUUGUAGAUGCAGCAACUGUGAUUACAGAAGCAGUGAAAACACAGGUUAAACUUCAUCAUCCAGACAAUGAAGAGCUUGCAUUUCUAUAUGGAACUAUAUUAACAGAUGGAAAUGAUGCUUUUAGUGAAGAACCAACAACUAAUAUCUGUGUGUUUGCAGAUGCACAGGUUGACCGAAGCCCCACUGGCUCUGGAGUGACAGCUCGCAUUGCCUUACAGUAUCACAAAGGGCUUAUUCAACUGAAUCAGACUAGAACCUUUAAAAGUAGUACAACAGGCUCACUGUUCACCGGGAAGGCAGUGAAGGAAACCAAAUGUGGUGAAUUCAAAGCAGUUGUAGUUGAAGUAUCAGGACAAGCCCACUACACAGGUACGGCAAGAUUUAUAAUUGAAGAAGAGGACCCACUGAAAAAUGGAUUUCUUCUCCAGUGUUUUUAGUCAUAACCUCUUACUGCUCCCUUUUAAAGCAACUGUAAUCUAAGAAUUGUCUUCAUGUUCUAUAAAAAAAAGUAUAUCAUCUUAUGCAUGUGCUUUACCAUCCUAUCUAACUAAUGUCAUAAUCCUUGAUUAUAUACCAUCAUGUUUAUAAAUAGGUAAUAUAUAGCUCUUUAUGAUUUGCAAAUCAUUUUACAUUUUAUCUCAUGACAUUAUUUGUAUGAACCAAAUUAGCUAGAAAUAGGUUUAAUAUACUAGUUUAACAAAGUACUAAAGAUAACAAUAUGUUUCUUUUACAGUGGCACUUAGCAUAAAUGAUAAUAAAUUAUAAAAAAAAUGAACCAUUUCAAAUAGAUUUAUAAAUUUUGGAGUUUUGAAGGUACUGUCUUAUAUUUUAAUGUGGUGCUAAUGAGGCCAUUCGAAUAUCAGAUACUGUUUUGAACAAUAUAUUGUACCUUAAUUCUAACAAAAAUAUACUACAAUAUCCUUAAGCAAUACCUAAUAAUCACAACAAUCAACAAGCUUUUAUUAAGUGUUUAUUACAUGCCAGACACCAUCCUAAAUGCUAAGAAUACAAAGCAAGCAAGAGUUAUGGCCCCUGCCUUCAAGGAGUUCAAAUUUAAAAAAAUAAAAUAAAAAGUAGGUGUGUAUGUAUUUCUAUAUAUAUUCAAAUAAGCUACAUAUAUAUACCUGAUCAUCCUUUUAAUAUACAUAUAUGUAUAUUUCUGACCAUUAUAUACAUAUAUAACUACAUAUGUGUUAUGUAUAUAUAAUAUAUUUAAUAUUUAAUUUAAAUUUAAUAAAGAUAUACACAUA